AUGACGGCACCUUCGGGGGCCGCCGCGCCCCCUCCCCGCACUUUUGCGGACCUUCUAUCAUCAUCUUCUGCAUCGCCUCCUCUUCUCAGACCACCGGAGAGUUUUAAAGGAAUGCGGGCGGUCUCCUUUUCAGAUGAGGACGUCCGUAGCUUCUCACACAAAUUUCGGUUUGCACUGAUCGGGAAAUUUGCGAAAAGUCGACCCCCAAUGGCAGAGAUCAGAAAGGCCUUCGAUCUAAUAGGAUUCGGGGGCGCAUUCUCGCUGGGACUUUUGGACCAACGCCACAUUUUGAUGAACUUCGAUCAUGAGGCAGACUUCCAAAGGUGUUGGCUCCGGAAGUCAUGGUUGAUAAAGGGAGCCAUCAUGCACGUUUUUAAAUGGACGCCAGAUUUCAUGACCGAAUUUGAGUCGCCCAUUGUGCCGGUUUGGAUCGCCUUUGAGGGGUUGCCGGCGCACCUGCAGGACAAGCGAGCCAUUUUCUCAAUAGCAAACCUUAUUGGUUCACAUCUGAAGGUUGAUAGUUCCACUUUGCUGCAUAAUCGACCCUCGGUGGCUAGGGUCUGCGUGGAAUUGGAUGUUAGCACCGAUCUCACGCACCAUAUUUGGAUAAACAAUGGAUCAUUUGGAGGAUUCACGCAGAAAGUCACUUAUGAAUUCGUUCCUCCCUAUUGCAAGGAAUGUCGUAAAUUCGGCCAUACUGUCACAGAUUUUAGAGCAAAGACGGAUAACAAAAGGCAGGAGGUGAGAAACGAACCUGGGGUAGACAAUCAGCACCCAAGGCCGCUAAUUGUUCCGCCACGGAAAAGAUGGCGUCCAGCUGCCAACACCAUCCAAGAGCCACCGCCAAGCCCGACAGGCCGACAACCGGAAUCAGAAAACUCAACAACACCGCUAAUCAUCCCAGAUAUCAAUCCUUCUCUGGGCAUUAAUAUUAUUGACGAUCAGGGGGUUGGACACACCUCCCAGACGGAGUCCAUUCCAGGUCAUUUAUCGGAUGGUGACGAGUUACAACACGCUCGGCCUUUUUCAAAAUCCCUCCUUGAGUCCUGGAAAGAAGCCAGCAAAGCCUUUGCUUCAAAACUCGGGACGAAGCAGGACAAUUUCGUAGUUGUUACCAAGAAGAAGAGCAGGCCACGGAAGGAUUAUUCAUCUCAGGUCCCGGCAGUCACCACCCGCCUAGCAGCGGGAAAAAUCACCAGAGUUUCUUUCUCACAUCGUUUGAAAUGA